ACUUGUAAACGUAAACAUCGAAGUGUCAGACGGUCUCACUUUUAUUGGUUCAGCAUGAAGUUGGUGGAUCCUAUUCCUUAAUUCUGAUCAAAAUUGUCCUUACAAUUUGUGCAAAUGUAAGGAGAGAGCACAGCUUGUUAUUCGGACUCACAUUUUGUUGCAUACAAAAGCUGAUUAUUGCAGUUGAUGCCACUUUACCCACUUCGGAAUUUCAACCCUUUUGUGCAAAGUCUCAGUGUUUGAUACAUUUGGAGGAUUUGAAGAUGGGGUUCUCAAUGGUGGGUUCAUUGGGUUCUCAAAUCUCGGUGAGAAAUUAUCAUCAAAGGAGGUUAAAGUUUCAAUCUUUUAGUGAAACGGUAAGACAUACCAUAACUUUCAAGUUCCAAGAGGAUCGGUCUCAUCCAGCAAAGGUUUUGUUGAGCAAGCGUGAAGCAAUUGGAUUUGAGGAGAGAACAAGCCCAAAUGAGGUCAGAAAAGAGAUAGAACAAUGCUAUGAACUCAUACACAGACUUGGGAGGGGAGUUGUGUAUUUGGGUUCUUCCAGGAUGGGACCUGGUCAUUCACAUUACAAGCAAGCACAAGAGUUGGGUAGAGAGAUUGCCAACCUUUUGCGCUGCACUUCAUGGUCAGGGGCUGGUCCUGGGCUAAUGGAUGCUGCUACUAAAGGUGCUUUACAAGCAGGAAAACCAGUUGGUGGGUUUAAGAUAGGUAAAGAAGCCGGUGAAUGGACAGCCUCAAACUUUCAUCCAUAUCUUCCCUCAGAAGCUUACUUUACUUGCAGGUUUUUUUCUGCGAGGAAGCAUGGGUUGGUGGAUGCUGCAGUUAGGGGCAGCAGUUCUGACAGAACUGCGGUUGUUGCUCUCCCUGGAGGUGUUGGUACUCUAGACGAGGUGUUUGAGAUAUUAGCAUUAAUUCAACUGGAAAGGAUUGGGUCAGAGCUUCCCGUUCCCUUCCUUUUAAUGAACUAUGACUCAUUCUAUUCGAAGCUAUUAGACUUUCUUGAUGAUUGUGAGGAUUGGGGUGCUUUGUCCAAUGGAGAAGUUGCAUCACUAUGGAAGGUCUGCAGCAAUAACUCAGAGGCUUUGGCUUAUUUGGCAGAAUUUUAUAGUCUCCCCCUCAGUGACAAAGCCAAGCAUGAGACUCAACUGCAAAGUCCACGUGGGUCAGUUUCUUCAUAACUUUUGGGGUUGAUGAUGAACUAAUUGUUAUGAGAUUCCUUUUUCAAUAAUAAUCAUUUAAGCAUGGAAUGGG